CUAUGCUGACCGUCAGCAACGACGAGUUUUGGGAGGAUGUGACGCCGGUGAACUUUGGGUCUUUGCCUCGUCUGCAAGACGGGGUGACGGUGGUGGGGUAUCCCAUUGGCGGUGACACUAUCUUGUUGACAAGCGGCGUGGUGUCGCGCAUCGAAGUCACGUCAUAUGUGCAUGGCGCAACAGAGUUGCUGGGCGUGCAGAUUGAUGCUGCUAUAAAUGGUGGGAAUUCUGGAGGCCCUGCUUUCAACGACAGAGGUGAAUGCGUGGGAAUCGCUUUUCAGUCGCUGAAGCACGAGGAUGCUGAGAACAUCGGAUACGUUGUUCCCACCCCGGUCAUUGAUCACUUUAUUACGGAUUACGUCCGCAACAACGACUACACAGGGUUUCCGAUUUUGGGUAUCGAAUGGCAAAAAAUGGAAAACCCUGAUCUUCGGAAGGCGCUGGGAAUGAAGAGCACCAAGAAUGGUGUUCGCAUACGACGCGUGGAGCCCACUGCACCUGCAUUCGCACAGUUGCGAGCUUCAGACAUCCUGAUGAGUUUCGAUGGCAUAGAUAUUGCAAACGACGGCACCGUUCCCUUCAGGCACGGUGAACGAAUCGGGUUCAGUUAUUUGGUAUCGAAGAAAUAUAGCGGCGAGUGUGCCAAGGUGAAGAUUUUGAGGGAUGGGAAGUCGAAGGAGUUUGAUAUCGAUCUGGUGAACCACAAACGGCUGGUCAUCAAGGGGAAGCCACCGUCGUACUACAUACUGGCAGGCAUCGUGUUUGCGGCCAUCUCCGUACCUUAUCUUCGCUCAGAGUAUGGGAAGGACUACGAUUAUGACGCUCCAGUGAAGCUGCUGGAUAAGCUGCUACAUUCGAUGUCUCAGUCUGAAGAUGAGCAGCUCGUCGUCGUGUCCCAGGUGCUGGUGGCGGAUAUCAACAUAGGUUAUGAAGAUAUUGUGAACACGCAGGUUGUUUGGUUUAAUGGCAUUCCUGUAAGAAAUCUGAAGCAUCUGGCAACUUUGGUGGAGAAGUGCACAGACCCAUUUUUGUGGUUCGAUCUUGAUUACCAGCAGGUUCUGGUUCUGGAGACCCAGGCAGCCAAGGCUGCCACCCCUGAGAUCCUUGCUACCCAUUGUAUACCAUCAGCAAUGUCUCAUGACUUGAAAAUUUAGUAUUGAAGGUGCUCAGGUGGUAGUUCUGUGUAAAGAAGAAUCAUCUCCUGCAUCGGGAAGGCAAAAAUCGUGUAGAGUAUGUAGCUAGUGUUGAUUGUAUUGUUGCUACAUUUUUUGAAGCUGCAAACGCUGUUUCACACAUCUUACUAAGAGUUGGUGUUUGAGGGACAGUUGCAGUGUCUGUCUAUACAAUUGUUGUUCAA